AUGGCUAGCAAACUAGAAAGAAGAAGUACAAUGAGUCCAAACAAAAUUGAAAGACAACGAACUAAGAGUCCAAGGCCAAAAUCAAACUACGCUGCUUCCUUACGUUUGAAACACAACAACAUGAAAAGUCUGGAUGUUUACAAAGCUUCAUCGGUUGUAAGUAAAAUGAGAAGUAGAAGUAAAACAAGAAAGAAGACUCCAGUACUUAAAGUAGAAAGUCCUCCUCCUCCCCCACCACCACCACCAAUACGUACACCAACACCUGAGCCUGAGCCAGAGCCAGAGCCUGAACCUGAACCUGAACCAGAAAUUGAACCCGAACCCGAACCCGAACCUCCAGUUGACCCUCUUGAACAUUUCACAACUUGCCAAGUUUGUAAGUCACCUUUUGUUGAUCCUAAAACCCUCUCCUGCUUACACACAUUCUGUAAAUCGUGUUUGUUUUACGAGUGGCCGGAUUGCGAAGGAAAGAAAACAGCAAAUUGCCCGUCGUGUAAUGAAGGAUUCGAGGUAACCAACGCCGACGAAGAGCUUGAACCUACUCCGUUUGUGAAGAGAAUGAUUCAAAUUAAGACUAUCGAAGACCUGACAAAAAACUUAGAGAUGAGCGGGGAUAAGAAUACGGAAUUCGCACAAGCUGUGAAAGAUAUGGAGUGUAAUUGUACACACAAAACCGAGACAAAGGACAGCGAUAAAGUCGAGAGAAAAGAUAGCGACGUAGAAAAUCGAUCCGAAGGUUCCCUGACAAGCAAAGAUACUGAUUCAACACAACCUGUAAAAUGUGACGAGUGUUCAAGUUCUACUGAUGUUCAACUAUCGAGCACCCAAAUGGAAGAACGUCAACCGGGAAAUUGUGAUAAACAUGCUGAUAAUAUUCUUGAUUAUUUCUGCAGUAAAUGUGAUCGUUUUAUCUGUAUCGAGUGUUUGAUUACUGAACACCCGCAUUUCCAACAUGGCGUUUCCAAGGUAAGCGACGUUGCUCCUAGAUACAAAGAAGUACUUGGCAUGUUAAAGACCGAAGCGGAAUAUACAGCACCGGAACUCUCGCGAGCUACUGAUAUAUAUAAAGAUAGAGCUUUGAGAACUGAAGAAAAACUAGACAAUUUCAAGGAUAAAAUAAGAGAAAGAAAAGAAGAAAUGCUACGCGAAGUUGUUCUAUCAUUGGACGAAGAGGAAAAACGACUGGUGAUCAUGUCACAUCAGCCGUUAUGA